CUACAGCAACGAGACCGGAGCCGAGCCGAGCAGGGCAGGGGUGGGGGGACAGGCUGACAGACAGACAGACAGACAGACAGACUGACAGACAGACAGGCUGCAGCAGGAUGGGCUCCGUGCUGUGUGAUGUGCACUAAAUGGGAUUAAAACGCUCAGACAGCGCUUGGAAACACUCGCAGCAGUAGUAGUAGUAGUAGUGGAGAGUGAGCUCCGCGCCGAGCUGCGCCGCAUGUGCUCAGCCCGUGUGGGAAAACUUGACAGAAAAAACAACCGAAAGAAGAGGAAAACUAACGCUCCCUGCAGCCGUCAACUAACCCGGGUCCGGUGUCAGAGCAGCGGGACUGUGUGUGGCAGCUACCCCUGCCUCCCCUCUCACAUGCCUGCGUUGAUGUGGGAGAGAGAGAGGGGAGCGGAACCGGGGGAUGUUUGAAUUACUGCUCGAAACUUGCACGAAUACUACAAGCUACUAAAAGAGUUUGUUUUGCGUGACAUAAAGGAGAUAUCUGGUGUCAUGGAGAGCCAAGCGGUAGACCUCCAGAGCUGCGAGGACGUGCGUAAGAGCGGCUACCUCCGCAAGCAGAAGUCCAUGCACCGGCGGUACUUCGUGCUGCGCGCCGCCUCGGAGCGCGGCCCGGCCCGCCUGGAGUACUACGAGAGCGAGAAGAAAUUCCGCGGCAAGGCCCCCGUCCCGAAGAAAGCGGUGGCGCUGGAGACGUGCUUCAACAUCAACAAGCGGGCCGACUCCAAGAACAAGCACAUGAUCGUGCUGUACACCCGGGCCGAGAGUUUCGCCAUCGCCGCGGAGAACGAGGCGGACCAGGAUGAGUGGUACCAGGCCAUGGUGGACCUGCAGUGCAAAAGUAAAAACCCUACUGACAGCGGGGAAGGAGGAGACUACGGAGUGCCCAAUCCUGGGCCUGCAUUCAAAGAGGUUUGGCAGGUCAAGGUGUGGCCCAAAGGCCUCGGUCAAGCCAAGAACUUGGUGGGCAUCUACCGUCUUUGCUUGACUGACAAGACGGUCAACUUUGUAAAGCUCAACUCUGAUGCUGCUGCUGUGGUACUACAGCUGAUGAACGUCAGACGGUGCGGCCAUUCAGAAAACUUUUUCUUCGUCGAGGUGGGGCGUUCUGCCGUGACAGGCCCGGGCGAGUUCUGGAUGCAGGUGGAUGAUUCGGUGGUGGCCCAGAACAUGCAUGAAACCUUGCUAGAGGCCAUGAAGGCGCUGAGCGAGGAGUUCCGCCAACGCAGCAAGUCUCAGUCGAACUCCGGCCCUGGAGGUGGCGCAACAGCUUCUAACCCCAUCAGUGUUCCCUCCCGCCGCCAUCAUCCGAACCCUCCUCCCAGCCAGGUGGGCUUCACCCGCCGGCCCCGAACUGAGCCUCCUGGAGGAGCUAACGGUGGAGCCGGGGUCAGCAGUGCCAAUGCCUCUCCCACCCCACGGCAUAGCUUCCCAAGGUCUCGUACUGCCAGUGAUGGAGGGAAAGGUGAUGAUGGCAUGGCAGGGACCACACCACUCCAAGGUCCGUGCUCCAGCCCCUCCACCAAUGGCUCCUGCUCCACCACCCCAAUCCUCAGGUCAAAGUCAGCCCGUUCAGCCCCCACCACAACUGCAAAAACACCUCUCGGGUUGAUGCGAUCCAUCUCCACCCCGGCGCCGUCCCCUGCCCCAAGCCUCUCCUCCAGCUCAGGGCAUGGCUCGGAGUUUGGAGGCGUGACAUCUGCUGGUGCUGGUCAAGGAUCUGGUGCAUACAGUCGUGUCCCCUCCCAUCGUGCCUCUGUCUCAGGCUCACCCAGUGACUACGGCUCUUCAGACGAAUAUGGCUCUAGUCCUGGGGACCACACUCUCCUCCCCUCUCCAAGCCUCCCUGGAAGCUCUGUUGGUAGUGCCGGCAGCCAGUCCCUUGGGGAUGAGGGAGCCAACUAUAUCCUGAUGGGCCAACGUAGUGGCGGUGGUAGCAGCAGUAACCAAGGGAACGUGACAUCCAGCUCCAUGCCAGCACCAGGAACACCAGCCUCAGGCUCCCAGCCGCAGACCAGGAGAGUGCUGCGCCGCUCCUUCAGCCGUGAAUGUGAAGCUGAACGUAGAAUGCUGAGCAAGCGGGCUUCAUUACCCCCUAUGGCCCUGGAGAGGCUGGCCCCACGUCAGCGCAGAGCAGAGGAGCCAGCAGAUGAAGAUUCAGCAGAUUAUGCCAUCAUGUCCAGGAGCACCAGCCGUGAGUCCUUUGCCUCCACCUCCUCUUCAACGCAGAGGGAAUCUGUCAUGGGUGCUGGGUCAGUAGGGGGAGGAGGAGGGUACUUGGAUGUGGCGGGUGAGUUUAAAAGUGAAGGUGGAGGAGGAGCAAGUGGUCCAGUGGACAAUGGGUACAUGUCCAUGCUGCCUGGCGUCACUCAGCCUCCAGCGUCCCUGUCCCAAUCUUUGGCUGUGUCCGUCCCAGACUCAGAUUCCAAACCUGCUGAUGACUACAUGGCCAUGACCCCUAACAACAGCGUGUCCCCACCACAGCAGAUCCGACCUCCGCCAGCUUCUGAUGGCUAUAUGAUAAUGUCCCCCAAUAGCAGCUGCUCCCCUGACCAACGUGGAGGUCUGUCUGGAGGGGCUUGGCCGGGCAGUGGUAGUGCAGACAGCAGGGCGGGCAGUGACUAUAUGAACAUGUCUCCAAUCAGUGCACGUUCUGUAAAUGGGAGCCCUCCACCUCCUGAGCACACUGCUCAUUUGGAGACCAGUUCUCAACAGCAAGCCCCCAAAAUGGUGUAUUCUUACUAUUCCCUUCCCCGCUCAUACAAACAUAACCCCUCUGCUGGACACUUUGACGAUGGGCCCGGGCGAGGCAGAAGGCCCAAUGGGAGUUGUAGUAGGGGAAUGGGUGGAGGUAGGACAAUGGGAGGGCGUCAGGAGCAAACAGCAGUAGGCAAUUCAACGGUUGGACGCCACCUGUCCCUCUCCUCUUCCUCAUACUCCUCUAGCUCAGCCAGCAGCGAGAGCCUCGGGGACAGUGAGGACCGAGCUACCCAGGCAGUGAGCACCAUGACUGGGGGAGCGCAGUCCAAAGAUGGGAGUAAGCUCCAGCAAAGACGGGGCAACGGUGGAUUGUCCAAGCAGGGUAGCCAUAGUAGGAGCAGACCAGUGAGCCUGUUUGUCGAUGUAUCCAAGGCUAACACCCUUCCGAGGGUUCGUGAAAACCCCCUGCCUCCAGAACCUAAGAGUCCUGGGGAGUAUGUAAGCAUUGAGUUUAAGGGGGAGAAGAGCAGCCAGACUGGGGUUGGAGGAGGGCGUGGCAGAGGUCUCAGGCACGGCUUAUCACUGCCUCAUGGCUCAAGCAGCAAGCAUCCUCAACACAGGCCCACUUCCUGCUUAGGAAACUUUAUCCCCCUCUCCCGUAGCCCCUCUGCCCCCAUCACUCCCCCGUCUGCCUCUGAGUAUGUAAACAUGGACUUGGGCCCUUCUCCGUCCCCCUCACCCCUCUCACUUACACCAUUAGUUUUCCCCUCUUUCCACACCCCUCCCACGCCACCAACUCUUGCUCAUGCCCCCAAGGCCUGUGAUGAGGGUGCUACAAGCCCUCGUGAAGAGGGGGCCAAAGUGGCAGAGGCCCCACUAAGGAAAAGCAGAGAAAGCGUCCCAUCAGUGUCGGAGUCAGAGUCCCCAACAUCCUGUGGAGACUACACAGAGAUGGCCUUCAGCUUGAACAGCAACACCGUCCCUAGGUCGUCAUCCAGUGUCUCCCCCAAAGCCCCUUCCCCCACAAGGACUGAUACCUCUGUUCCAGUGCUUUCACGGGGUCUAGACUUCCCCCUUGCCAAACCCGGACCCAACCCAGACCACGGGGCUAAAGUUAUCCGGGCCGACCCCCAGGGACGCAGGCGACACUGCUCAGAAACCUUCCUUGCCUCGCCUUCCCUCCCAACCUCUACCUCUACUUCCUCUUCCUCCACUGCCUCCCUUUUUCCAGAACACGCCCAAGCUGUGGCACGCCGGCUGGGCUUUGAAAACAUGCUGUGGGGGAACGGUGCUGUGACUGAUAACCCCACCCAGUUUGCCCUCCCUGGACAGCAGCCCCUUCCCACAAACUCUCAGACUUCGUCCACAGAGCAGGGCCUUAACUACAUAGACUUGGACUUGGCCAGCAAAGAGGGCCCCCAUUUGGGCUUGGAUGGACCCUCAGGUAGCCAGGCCCCAUCUCGCCUCUUCUCUGUGCUGGGUGGAGGUUCUGGGGUAGGGGGAGUCAGUGCUACAGUCGGCAGCAGCAGCAGCAGCAACAGCUCAACGCUCAACACUUACGCCAGCAUCGACUUCUACAAAUCAGAGGAGCUGCGAACGCACCAGAAUGGAAACAAGGAGGGAACAGAGUGCUGAUGUCAGCGCGUCGUCCUUUGGGAAACAAUCUGGUGCCACUCAGAGAGUUUCGUGGCUCCGCCGCUUCCUUUUGUGACAACCAAUCACAUGGAGAGAGCAGCUGGAUGGGACACGCCCCCUGAAGCACUUUGACAGAAAGACAGAUGGAUGGAAAACUUAUUGUUCUUUGCUUUCAUCUUGUUGGUUGUGGAAACCAAUGGGGAUGUGUGCCAAAUGACAUUCUUGAAAAAGCUAUUUGCUGCUCUCAUUCCUCAAGUGAAAGCCAAUCAGAGAAGGGUACAAACAAUGGAGAUUGGUGUUUUUUUUGUUUUUUUCCAAGAGAAAAAAAUUCUAAUCAUUAAGAGUAUUAUGGUGGCUAUUUCGUUUGUGAAAAAAAGAAAAUGAAUAGAAUCAUAUAUCUGCUCAAAAAGUGCCUCAUUUUCAGAUUGUAGCCAUUUUACAAAGAACUUCAACUUAGCCUGGACUAACUGAAGCUUUGGGUAUUGGGGUUUUUUUGCUUGAUUUGAUGUAGUUACAAAAAUAAUGCAGCAGAAGAUAUAGCUAAAAGGGGA